AUUUGUGCAAUUGACUAAAAAUCUCCCAGUCAACACUCUCUCACCCAAUUUCUUCAACAGAAAGGCCCCUACAAUGAAUGACUCCCAUGACCACUACUAACUUGACAAUUCUCCAAUUCAAAAAGAUAUUAUAUCCUGCAUUUCACCACCAAAUACCCAUCAAAAUUUCCCAGAAAAAUGUUCCCGAAAAUCUCCACUUUCAAGUCUUUCCAGAUUUCCCACUGUCUAAUUCUGCUUCUUUUCCUCAACACAAUCCACCACUCAAACUCUCAACCCCCCACCAAUGGCUACACCUGCACAACCACCACCAACACCAGCAACAACAUCUACCCUUGCCAAACCUAUGUACUUUACAGACCUAAACCCCCAGAAUAUCUAGACUUAGCUUCAAUUGCAGACCUCUUCAAUGUCAGCAGACUUAGCAUCUCAAAACCCAGCAACAUUUCAAACCCAUCUUUCUCUCUCCUCCCAGACCAACCCCUCUUCAUCCCCAUCACUUGUGGGUGCAACCCAGUUCGGAAUCAAACUCUCAAAUCCCUCUCCUUUGCCAGAAUGACUUACACAUUCAAACCAGAUGACACUUUUUACUUCGUUUCCACUCAUGUUUAUGGUAAUCUUACAACUUAUGAAUCUGUUGAGGUUGUAAACCCUGAACUUGAUGUUUUGAAUCUUCAAAUUGGGAGUGAUGCUUAUUUCCCCAUCUUUUGUAAGUGCCCUAACAAAACCCAGUUGGGGAAUAAUGUCACUUGCUUGGUUUCCUAUGUAUUUCAGCCUGAUGAUACUCUAGACUCUAUUGCUGAAUUGUUUAAGGUCACUAAACAGUCUAUUGCUGAUGUGAAUGCUAAUAAUCUUGGUGCUUUUGACACGGUUUUCGUACCGGUUUCGAAGCUUGUUACGCUUCAUCAACCCCCUGGUGUUAAUCAGACUAAUGCUGGUGGUAGUAAUAGUACUAAUAAUCAGACUACUGCAAUGAAUGGUAAUAGUGAUGAUCAUAAAAAGGCGGUUGUCGGAUUAGGGGUUGGAUUAGGUGUUAGUGUUCUGUUGCUUGUUUUGGUUUCUGGGUUGUUGAUUUACAGGGAAAUUGAGUAUAGGAAGAAGUUGAAGGAGAGAGAAUUGGAGGUGAUUAGUAGACCGGAGAAUGGAGGGAUGGGUGAUCAGAGAAGAAUUAUAAAGCAAUUAGAGCAGAAUUUGUUGUUGGCUGAUGUUUCUGAUACUUUGGAUAAGUAUAAGAUUUAUGAGAUUGAUGAGUUGAGAAAAGCUACUGGUGGGUUUGGUCAUAAGUUUUUGAUUCAAGGUUCUGUUUAUAAGGGUUGUAUUGAUGGCAAGGAUUUUGCUAUUAAGAAGAUGAAGUGGAACGCUUAUGAAGAAUUAAAGAUCUUGCAGAAGGUGAAUCAUGGAAACUUGGUCAGGUUGGAAGGAUUUUCCAUAGACCCUGAAGAUGCUAGUUGUUACCUGGUAUACGAGUACAUUGAAAAUGGAUCUCUAAAUUCGUGGCUACACGAGAACAAGAGAAAGUUAAACUGGAAAGCCAGACUAAGAAUUUCCAUCGAUGUUGCAAAUGGUCUACAAUACAUACAUGAGCAUACAAGACCUCAAGUGGUUCACAAAGACAUAAAGAGCAGCAACAUUCUCCUUGACUCCAAUAUGAGAGCAAAGAUUGCCAAUUUUGGAUUAGCAAGGUCCGGAUGCAAUGCUAUUACAAUGCAUAUUGUAGGAACCCAAGGGUACAUUGCGCCUGAAUAUCUGACUGAUGGUGUCGUCUCUCCAAAAAUGGACGUCUUCUCAUUUGGAGUAAUUUUGCUGGAGUUGCUUUCGGGAAGGGAGGUCAUUGACGAAGAGGGAAAAGUACUUUGGGUGAGUGCCCAUGAAAUAUGGGAGUGCAGUGAUGAGGGGGAAAAGGCAAGGAAAUUGAUGGAGUGGAUAGACAAGUUUCUACAAAAGGAAUCUUGCUCGGUUGAUGCGUUGACAAACAUUAUGACUGUGGCUGUUGCUUGUGUUAAUAAGGAUCCUUCAAAACGGCCAAGCAUGGUGGAUGUUGUAUACGCGUUGUGCAAGAGUGAUGAUCUCUUCUGUGAUAUAUCUGGAAACGAGUUUUCUUCAUCUCCUAUUACAGCAAGAUAGACCAACAAUUACAGGUUGAAAUACCUGUAUAGUUGGUUACUUUGUGUAUGAAUGUAUGAUAGCCUGCUUUUUUAGAUAUUCUUUCUUUUCCUUUCCUCUUAUUAAUUUCUCGUCUUUCUUUCCCAUCCGGUAACUUUGUGUUGUACGUGAAGAUCACAUUUUUUGUAUUUGACAAGGGAAAAGAGAACUCAUGGAGUCAUAGAGGGUCCGUUACAAUACUUGAAAUAAGUUCGAUCGCUUUGAUAUGUGAAUAGUGUAAUUUCUCUAUGGCAUUUUGUAACACUUCUGUUGUUUGAAAGGGAUUCUUUAACAGAGCAUAAAUUAUGCAUUAUGCA